CUUCAAGGGCACAGAGCACACGCCUCAGUACAGCAGAAUUUCAAUGCUCUUCUUAUUCUGACUGAAGUCACUGCUUUCCUUUGCCUGAGUCCAUUACACUCACUUUGGUCUAACAAAGCAUCAUAAAGAGAUGGCUGAAGCCCAUCAGGCAGUGGGCUUCCAGUUCACUGUGCACCCUGAUGGCGUGGACCUGAAACUGAGCCAAGAGGUCAUCAAGAACAUCUACUUGUCAGGAGUGACAGCGUGGAAGAAGAGAGCCAUUCAAUUUAAGAAUGGUGUACUGGCUGGAGUCUACCCUGCCAGUCCAUCCAGCUGGAUGAUAGUUGUGAUCGCCAUGAUGAGUUCCUUGUAUAUUCACGUAGACCCCUCUCUGGGAAUGAUUGAUGCCAUCAAGGAAAACCUGCCAUACAAAGACUGUGUAUCAGUGCAGACCAGAGCAGUGCUGAGUGCCAUGCUGUUUGCCACUGGACUGUGGCUGUUCCUCAUCUACCUCCUGAGAUACACUCUCAAAGCUCUGCUCUCCUACCAUGGAUGGAUCUUUGAAUCCCAUGGAAAAAUGAGUACAUCUACCAAAGUGUGGCUGAGCCUGGUAAAGAUGUUUUCUGGACGCAGGCCACUGCUCUACAGUUUCCAGGCCUCCUUACCCCGGCUUCCUGUGCCCAGUGUGGAUGAUACUAUUAAAAGGUACCUUGAAUCGGUGCGUCCUCUGCUGGACAAUGAGCAGUACACCCAAAUGGAGAUUUUGGCCAAUGACUUUAAAGAAACCAGAGCAGCCCGGCUACAGAGAUACCUGAUCCUAAAAUCCUGGUGGGCAACAAAUUAUGUAAGUGACUGGUGGGAGGAGUACAUCUACCUCAAAGGCAGGAGUCCCAUCAUGGUCAACAGCAAUUUUUAUAUAAUGGAUUUUUUGUACGUGACCCCAACACACCGACAGGCUGCAAGGGCAGGAAACAUGGUCCAUGCUAUGUUGCAAUACAGACGCAAACUGGAGCGUGGUGAACAUGCACCGCUGAGGGCUUUGGGGACCGUCCCUUUGUGUUCCACUCAGAUGGAGAGGAUGUUUAACACCACCCGCAUCCCCGGCAUUGAAACUGAUAUCGUGCAACACCUGACUGACCGAAAGCACCUGAUCGUCUAUCACAAAGGCCGAUUCUUCCAAGUGUGGCUGUACACAGGAGGGCGCCAUCUUUUACCCAGUGAACUGGAGACCCAGUUUCAAAGGAUCCUCAAUGAUACAUCAGAACCUCAACCUGGUGAACAUAAACUAGCUGCUUUGACUGCAGGAGACAGACUUCCAUGGGCCCGGGCUCGGAUUAAAUAUUUUAGUCAGGGAGUAAACAAAGUGUCUCUUGAUGCCAUUGAGUCGGCUGCUUUCUUCUUGGCACUUGAUGAUGAGCCAGAGGGUUACAACCCAGCAAAGAAUAACUCACUUGAUAGUUACGCCAAGUCCCUGCUACAUGGAAAAUGUUACGACAGGUGGUUUGACAAGUCUUUCACCUUAAUUUCAUAUCCAAAUGGAAAGAUGGGAGUAAAUGUUGAGCAUUCUUGGGCUGAUGCACCAAUCGUGGGACAUAUGUGGGAGUAUGUUCUUGCAACAGACUGCUUCCAUCUUGGCUACACAGAGGAGGGGCAUUGUAAAGGGGACGUGAACAGAGGCCUGUCUUUUCCCACCCGACUACAGUGGCAGAUUUCAGAGGAGUGCCAAGACAUUGUGGAAACUUCAUACCUGUCAGCCAAACAGAUAGCAGAUGAUGUGGACUUCUGUGGCUAUCUGUUUAAUGAGUUUGGGAAAGGCCUGAUCAAGAAGUGCAGAACAAGCCCCGAUGCGUUCAUUCAGCUGGCCCUGCAGUUAGCACAGUUCAGGGACCAGAGUGUUUUCUGUUUGACGUAUGAGUCAUCAAUGACUCGUAUGUUCAGAGACGGACGGACAGAGACGGUACGUUCCUGCACCUCUGAGGCUGUUGCUUUUGUCAGAGCCAUGGAGGACACGGGUGCAACGAAUGCCCACAGGCUUGUACUGUUUCGUAAAGCAGCAGAGAAGCAUCAAAACAUGUAUCGUAUGGCCAUGACUGGAUCUGGCAUCGACCGUCACCUCUUCUGUCUUUACAUAGUGUCCAAAUACCUCGGUGUUGACUCGCCAUUUCUUACAAAGGUACUUUCUGAGCCAUGGAAGUUGUCCACAAGCCAGACUCCACAGCAGCAGCUAAAUUUAGUGGACACUAACAAGUUCCCUAAAUAUGUGGGCGCUGGAGGUGGAUUUGGUCCUGUGGCUGAUGAUGGCUAUGGUGUGUCGUAUAUCAUCGUUGGAGAAAACCUCAUCACAUUCCACAUUUCCAGCAAAUUCUCCAAUCCUAAAACGGACUCUCACAAGUUCGGUCAGCACAUUCAGAAGGCCAUGACUGAUAUCCAAGCACUUUUUAAACUUGACAAUGAUAAGAAGACAGAGGAGCAUGCAAAAUGUGUACAUCUGGAAAAUGGGAAAAAGCACAUUUAACAGGCCCUUUGGGGAGCAUCUUUUCAUGUUUCAUUCAUAAAAAGAUAAAGUUCUGGUUGUAUUUAGGAUCUUUCUGCGUUUCUGUUGAGUCAUUUUACAGAAGUGGAGUUAUCCUACUCAGUCCAACAAAAGGAAAGGUUGUAACUCCUUUAAUUUAUUCCUGUUUAUAUUGUUCAUAUCAAAGUUGCUUUGUUUAAUGCUGAACUCAUCUCUAACGAUGGGAUACAUGGUUUUUGCAAUAUUUAGUUCUCUCCUGUCAUUUUACAUGUAGACACAUGUAAAAACAUCCAACUGUUCUUUAUUCUUGAUCUGUGAAUUUCACAUUGUAAAUAUAUUCGUCUGCAGAAUC